AUGUGGUAUUUAAGAAAUAUUAACACGGAACACGUAUACUACCUGGUUUCGCAACCCGUGGGUCAUACGGUGGGCCGUGCUGGCACAGGUCUUAUAAUAACCGGUGAUGAAUCGAUCAGUCGCUAUCAUGCCAUGCUGUGGCCAAUCAACAACGUACUACACCUAAUCGAUACAGGAUCUAAGUACGGAUCGUACGUCAAUGACAAUAUUGCCAAAAAUGUCCGCAUUUCGAAGGAGCAGGCUACGGCACUGAAACCCGGUGAUAAGAUACGAUUCGGUCUAUAUAAAAGUAUCUGGCUGGUGGAAAAGGUGGAUUUCCGGUGUCUCACCUCAAUGCUGUUUAUGGACAAUGGGCUAAAAACGAUCCUAGACCAAAUUGGAGCCGAGUUAGUGUCCACCUAUACCGAAGGGGUAACACACCUAAUAAUGCCCCCAAAUAUCAUGCAUACGAAAUUCCUCGAAUGCUUGGCAGGACAGGUACAGAUUGUUAGUCCCGAAUUUUUCCAAACCAUCGCCAGGGAUUGUAUCGUCCAUGGUAAAGCACUGCCAUUGGAAAAAGAUUUCACACCGGCAUACACAGGGCCGUACAUGCGAUAUGAGCCUAAACUGUUACACCGUAAUCCUUCUCGGAGCAAUCUUUUCACGGGAAAGGAAUUCAUCUUUCUCAGCACCGUUCAGUUUCGCCAUUUUGAGAAUGUUGUCAAAAUUGCCGGUGGGGUUUGUUUGUGUGCAUCGGAUAAAAAAAUUCUUAAAUCUCGCUUUGUUGAGCCAAACGUCAUUGUCAUUAAACUAAACUCAUCCAGCACUACUCACCCUAAAUCGGUCGAGACAUUGUCCCAGUACUUAACGUCGCACAGACGUCGCAUGGUGCUGGAGGUGGAAAUCGAAUAUGCGCUCAUAUUCUGCUCGACGGAAAAGUUCUGCAAUCCGGACUACAACUUUUUAACUUCGCUUGCCAAAAGUACGAAACAGGAUACUGUGAAAAGCGGACAGGAAGAUUCCGGUGGUACGUCGAACGGUGGAAACAUUUCAAAGCGUUCGUAA